CUUAUCCUUUUCCUCCUUCUUCCUCAUACUUUCAUAUCACAACAUUCCCAACUUUGUAACCUUAAUUUAAAGAAUUCUUUACCUAAUUUAUUGGGUAUUUGAGGCUUUUUUUGAGAGCUGUAUGUUGGAUUUUUGUUACUUAAAUGAUGAGUCUGAAAAUGGGUUCAGUUUCUUUCAACCAACAAAACAACCAUGGGAUCAUGGUUGACCAAAAUCAAGAUUAUUUGUGUAUUGAUUCUUCUUCAGAAGUUUCUAGUAAUUUCUCGUCGUCUGUAGACGACGAGUUGUUUGGUGAAGAAGAGGGAGAAGAAGGGGAUUCUUUUUCUUCGUCUUCUGAUUCAACUUCUCCUAAUUCUUUUGGUAGUUCAAGUCAUGAGCACACGACGGGAGCGUUGCAAAAUAUGUCCUCUCUUCUUCAAGAACUUCCCUUCAAGAGAGGGUUGUCAAAGCAUUACAAUGGAAAAUCACAAUCAUUCACCUCUUUAUCAAAUGUGAGUAGCUUAGAAGACUUGGCCAAACCUGAAAACCCAUGCAGGAAGAAACUCAAAUCAUGCAAAAGCUAUGGAGUAUUUUUGGAAGGUUUUAACUCAGAUCAUCACCAAUCUCCUCCUACAAAGAAAACAAACAGAAGAGGGUCAUGUUCAUCAUUUAGAGCAAGGAGAAAUGGUAGCCUUCUUGGGAAUAAUAAUAGACCUCCUGUUCCUCCUCUUAGAUCAACUAGCACAACUAGUUUUACUAAUCAAACCCCUUUAUUUGCUUGAUUGUUCUUGUCAAUUUUUCUUACAAGAGUUUAUCAAAUAAGCGAGAGCCUUGACGUAACUGGUAAAGUUACCAUGUGAUCAGGAGGUUAUGGGUUCGAGCCGUGGAAACAGGCUCCUGCAGAAAUGCAGAGUAAGCUUACAUACAAUAGACCUUUGUGGUCCAGCGUUUCUCUGGACCCCGUGCAUAGCGGGAGCUUAGUGCACCGGCUGCUUCUUUCUUUCUCUUUUUUUUUUUUAUUUACAUUACCAAAUGUAUUAUGUGUUCUUGUUUUCAAUGCCUAAGCGAAGGAUGACUAAUUUUUGGUGCGUUA